AUGGGCGGCGCGGCAGUAGUCGAGCCGGCUCGGCGGGUCCCAUCGCUGGGAAACAGACAUAAGCGCAAGGCACGCGCUGCAGCGGCGGGUGAUUAUAGACCGAAUCCAGACAAAUCAGUAAACGAGAGCGAGGAGAGGGAGGUUGUCAUUUUACCAGCGUCGUUCAGCCGCGAUCUCGCUCAUCCUCCUCUUCUACCCACACCAGAGGUCGUGGUUUCGAUUUCCUUCGACUCCACUGUAGCCCCAGGAAACGUCGGUAUGGCGGAAGGCGCGGGCGGAAGCGCUGGUGGGUCUAGGCUGAUGUACGGAGUAGUAGGGGGGGAGAUGGUGUCGGCGGAAGAGGGUGCGGGCGGGGGGAGCGCGCAGUGGGGCGCAGGGGGAGGAGACGAUGCGGAGGGGGGCGAAGGGGGAGAGCAUGAGAGCACGGCGGCUAAGAAGCUGCAGAAGGCGGAUAGAGAGAAGAUGCGGCGGGAUCGACUCAACGACCAAUUCAUGGAACUCGCGAGUGUCCUCGAUCCUGACCGUCCGAAGAACGAUAAGGCAACGAUUCUGACCGACGGGCUGACGAUGCUUCGCGAGCUGCGUGCGAACGUGAACCGACUGCGCGCCGAGCACAGCGCGCUCGUGGACGAGUCGAAAGAGCUGGCGGCGGAGAAGUCGGAGCUGCGGCAGGAGAAGGGCGCGCUGAAGGGCGAGGUGGACGCGCUCAAGGGGCAGCUGCACCACCGCAUGUCCGCGCUCCUGCCCUGGGCCACUGCGCCCCCCGCCGCCUCUGCGCCCCCCGCCGCCGCUGCGCCCCCUUCCGCCACUGCGCCCCCCGCUACCCCCGCCGCCCCUGUUUCCACCGCUUCCCCUGCGCCGCCUCCAGCCGCCCGUGUUCCUGCUGCUGCUCCUCCGAUUCCUGCUGGCGCGGCUGCUGGUGCUGCUGGUGGGGGUGGGUUGCAGACGCCAACGCAGGCGCCAGUACACGGACACGUUCAGGCGUCAAGACACCUGUCAGGCUACGCUCCUGCCGCCCAGCCCUCCCGCCCUCCUCUUGCUGUCCUCGCGCCCGCUUCCGCUCCACCCGCCGCUCCUGCAGCUUCCCCACCCCCCGCCGUUCCCGAUGCUGCUUCCGCGCCUUCCAUGCAAUUCCAACCUCAGUUUCGGCCUCAGAUGCUGACGUCACCACUGCACGUGCAGCAAGGGAUGCAAGCGAUGAGCCAACCUGGCAUGCUGACGUCAGCCAUGAGCCAGCCUGGAAUGGCGCAGAUGUGUAUGAGAGGCGCGGACAGCGCAGUGGGCAUGGGGGAAGCGGGGGGCAUGGGGGGAAUGGGGGGAAGCGGAUCGGAGCAGGCAAUGAGCCCCCCCGUGUCCGUGCUCUCCUCCUCCGCGCCCACUCCGCGCGCCUCCUCCGCAGCCGCGUCGUCAGCAGCAGCGGGGGGGGAGAGCCGCGUUGGGGAAGAGCCACGGGAGAGCAGCGAUGGCGUGGGGCAGACAGGCAGGCAGCAGCAGCAGGGAGGACAGCAGGGAGGGCAGCAGGGAGGGCAGCAGGGAGGGCAGCAGGGGGGGCAGAAGGGCGGGCAGGAUGGGGAUGCUGCGGCGGGUGGGAGCUCCCUGGUGAACAUGAGCCGUGGAGGGGGUGAGGCUGCUGUCGUUGUGGUGAAGCAAGAGGAGGGUGAUGCCAACGCUGCUGACAGCAGGGCCUCACAGCCGCAGCAACAGCAACAACAACAGUCACAGCAGCUGCCACCGCAGCAACAACCACAGCAGCAGCAGCAGCAGCAGCAACAACAACAACAACAGCAACAGCAGCAGCAGCCACAUCAACAGCAGCAGCAACAGCAGCAGCAGCAGGUGCAGCAGCAAGCAGCGGCACAAGAAGCACUUACCCGGCCGCCAGCAGCACAGCCCUUACAGCCGCCAGCCACUCUCCCUACCCCACCCCACCCCCUGCCUCCACACUCCUUCCCCCCCCAAGCCUGGCCGCCUGGAGCCUUUCCCAUGCCUGUUCCCAUGCCCUUCCAGGCCUCCAUGCCAGGCUCGGUGCCCCCUGCACCUGCAGGCAUGCAGGGCUGGAUUGCCGUGCCUGCUGGCGCGUUCCCGUACGCCUUCCCUCCUACUGCCCCGCCCUCACUCCCGCUUGGUAAUGAUGGCAAGAGCACCGGAAGCUCUGUGCAGCAGCAGCAGCCGCAGCAGCAGAUGAUGGUGGCAGCUUAUCUGCCAGGUCAGCUUCCAUUCCAGGUCAGCGCCAGCUCAGCAGGUCAAAGUCAAGGGGAGCAGCAGGGCAAGGGGCAAGCGGGGCAGGAAGGGCAGGGCGGGGCACAGCAAGUAGCGCAGGGACAGCAGGCAGCACAUGCGCAGCAAGCGGGGCAGGUGCAGCAGAUGAUGCAGAUGCAGCAGUACAUGGCGCAGGCGCAUGCACAGGCGCAGGCGCAGGCACAGGCGCAGGCGCAGGCGCAGCAAGCAGCGCAGGCCCAUCAGAUGGGUCAGGCAGGUCAAAUGAACCAGGUGCCCCAGAUGGCUCACAUGCAGCCAUUCAUGGGCGCUCCUGGGAUGGCCAUGGCGCUCCCCCCGCCUCCCCCUGGGCAGAUGUACGUCACUGCUCCCUUCCUUGUCCCCGCCCCCACUCCCCCGCAGCAGCAGCAGCAGCAGCAACAGCAACAGGGGCAGCAGCAGCAACAGGUGCAACAGGUUCAGCAGCAGCAGCAGCAGCAGCAGCAGCAAACCAUGCCCCCAGCAUCCUCAUCAGGUACGGUGGUGAGUGGUAACAGCCACUUGCAGCAACUGCCCGGGCAGGGCAGCAGUGCAGGGGGCGGAGGGGUGGCAGGAGAGAGAGGGAGUGGGGGAGGGGGAGGGGGAGGGGGAGGGGGAAGCGCAGCAGCGGGGGAGAGUGCAGGAGGGGCGGGGAGUGCAGCAGGGGCUGGCAGUAUGCCCCACUGGCUGUGGGCGGCAAGCCACAGACCAGCUUGA